AAGGGAGCGAUGCAGGAGACACGGAGCGUCUGGAGGAGCUCCCCCUCUGCAGCUGCAGGAUGGAGGCUCCUCGCGUGGAGUGCAGCAGCCAGCGCGUCAGCAGACAGUGCAUGGCCACCGAGAGCGUCAACGGCGAGCUGAGGGCGUGCAUCAGCCGGACCAUCAAAGGGGAGACGAUGCGUCCGUCCAGCCGGGUUCCCCUCAUGGUGCUCUGUGAAGUCCAUCGCUCGCACAUGGUCAAACACCACUGCUGUCCCGGCUGCGGGUACUUCUGCAUCGCGGGCACUUUUCUUGAGUGCUGCCCGGACCAGCGCAUCGCUCACCGUUUCCACCGCGGCUGUGUGACGGUGCUGAGCGGCGGGCGCAGCAGAGGAAACGGAGGCGGCGGUAUGAUCUUCUGUCCUCACUGUGGCGAGGACGCUUCAGAGGCCCAGGAGGUCACCAUCCCCUCGUUCAGCUCGGCCACGGCCUCCGCCACCACCGUCGUCACCAUGUCCGCCUCCUCCACCACGACCCCGUCCCUGCCCCCGUCUGUCCCCACGGCGCCCUCACUCACGGCGUCGACGGGAGGGAUGAAGGACGGGAAGAUGCCUGAGAGACCGGUCAGCGCUCGUAUGCGUAGCCACGGGUUGGUCAAGCCGGCGGUGGAGCAGCAGCCUCCGCAGCCGGUCGCCUCUGCAACACCUGCGACCGCCGUCCCCCCAGUGGAGGAGGGCGUGGACAGCGUGGGUCCCUCUCUCUGUAUGCCUAACGGGAAACCCAUCAGUCCAAGUGCACUACCGCCCGGGCCCAGCAGGGCGUCGCUGCAGAAAGCUAUCCUCACUCAGGACACAGAGAGGAAAAAGAAACUGAGGUUCCAUCCUCGCCAGCUUUACCCCGCUGCCAAACAAGGAGAGGUUCAGAGGGUUCUGCUCAUGCUGAGUGAGUGGGAGAAAGACAAGAACAAGUGUUCUCCAUUGGAGGGAAUAGAUCCAACGUACCAGCCUGACUCACAGAACCGGCGCUCUGCUCUCCAUGCGGCAGCUCAAAGAGGUCUGCUGGAGGUCUGCUACAUCCUCAUACAGGCUGGUGCUCAGGUGGACGCCCAAGACAAGGACCUGAAGACUCCUCUGUUGGAAGCGAUCAUCAACAAUCACAUCGAGGUGGCUCACUACCUGGUCCAGAACGGCGCCUGUGUCUAUCAUGUUGAGGAAGAUGGAUAUACCGGCCUCCACCACGCGGCCAAGCUGGGGAACAAGGAGAUCGUCAACAUGCUGCUGGAAACGGGGCAGGUCGAUGUGAACGCACAGGACAGCGGCGGCUGGACGCCGAUCAUUUGGGCUGCAGAGCACAAACAUGUCGACGUGAUCAGAUCCCUGCUGAACAGAGGAGCUGAUGUCACCAUUAAUGAUAAAGAGCAGAACGUGUGUCUCCACUGGGCGGCGUACGCAGGGAACGUGGACAUAGCGGAGCUGGUGUUGAACGCCGGCUGCUCCCUGACGUCGGUCAACGUGCACGGAGACACGCCGCUCCACAUCGCCGCCAGAGAGGGCUACCUGGAAUGUGUUACGUUGUUUCUCUCCAGAGGCGCAGACAUUGACAUCAUUAACCGGGAAGGAGACACGCCGCUCACACUGGCGCGGGCGGACACUCCUGUCUGGGUCGCCCUCCAGAUCAACAGGAAGCUGAGGCGAGGAAUAACCAAUCGCAUGCUUCGGACUGAAAGAAUCAUCUGCAGCGACAUCGCUCAGGGCUACGAGAACGUACCCAUCCCCUCUGUGAACGCGGUGGACGAUGAAGGUUGUCCGUCAGACUACAAAUAUGUGUCAGAAAACUGUGAAACUUCAGCAAUGAACAUAGACCGCAACAUCACACAUUUACAGCACUGCAGCUGCACUGAUGACUGCUCGUCCAGUAACUGUCUCUGUGGACAGCUCAGUAUCCGCUGCUGGUACGACAAGGACCAGCGGCUGCUCCAGGAGUUCAACAAAAUUGAGCCUCCACUUAUAUUCGAGUGCAACAUGGCGUGCUCCUGUUACCGGACGUGCAAGAACAGGGUGGUGCAAGCAGGCAUCAAGGUUCGUCUUCAGCACUACAGGACCGAGAAGAUGGGCUGGGGAGUUCGAGCUCUGCAGGAUAUUCCCCAGGGAAGCUUCAUCUGCGAAUAUGUCGGGGAGCUGAUCUCUGACGCAGAGGCCGAUGUCAGAGAAGACGACUCCUACCUGUUCGACCUGGACAACAAGGAUGGGGAGGUGUACUGUAUUGAUGCCCGCUACUAUGGCAACAUCAGCCGCUUCAUCAACCACCUGUGUGACCCAAACCUCAUCCCUGUGCGUGUGUUCAUGCUGCACCAGGACCUGAGAUUCCCCCGCAUAGCCUUCUUCAGCUCCAGGGACAUCCACAGCGGACAAGAGCUCGGGUUUGAUUACGGAGACCGUUUCUGGGACAUUAAGAGCAAGUACUUCACCUGUCAGUGUGGAUCAGAGAAAUGUAAACACUCGGCAGAGGCCAUCGCCUUGGAGCAGAACAGGCUGGCUCGUAUGGAGGCUUGCCCAGAAUCGGGGGCUGACU